CGGCGCUUCGGUGGCGGUCUUGGACACGUCGAGAGGGUCAGAAGUGGAGGGGGCUUCUGAAGAGUCCUGGGGGUGUGACAGAAUAAGGUUCUGAGAGGGAGGCGCCGGUGGCGGGACUCGAUCUGGGAAGUGUUCUUUUUGUUCAGCCACUGAAACAGAAGAACGUCAGAACACAAUUCAAGAAACAUCACCUGAAAACCUGCUAUGUAUACACGCUGUGCUGGGUGUUGCCUGGGAUGAGAAAAUGAACAUGCCACAAAAGAGAAAAAGAUGACAUAGUUAUCACUGAAAAAAAUCUUCUGCUGACUCAACUUCUCCCGGAAAAAUGGGCCAUUUCCACCACAUGGGGAUGAGCAUGGGGAUGAGCAGUGGGGACGACAACAGUACCAUGGCACCUUCUCACCAUCACCCGACCUCUUCAGCCUCCCACUCCCAUGAUCACAUGAUGAUGAUGAUGCCUAUGACCUUCUACUUUGGCUUUAAGAACGUUGAACUAUUGUUCUCUGGUUUGGUGAUCAAUACAGCUGGAGAAAUGGCUGGAGCUUUUGUGGCCGUGUUUUUACUAGCCAUGUUCUACGAAGGACUCAAGAUAGCCCGAGAGGGCCUCCUGCGCAAGUCACAAGUCAGCAUUCGGUACAAUUCCAUGCCUGUCCCAGGACCAAAUGGAACCAUCCUUAUGGAGACCCACAAAACUGUUGGGCAACAGAUGCUGAGCUUUCCUCACCUUCUGCAAACAGUGCUGCACAUCAUCCAGGUGGUCAUCAGCUACUUCCUCAUGCUCAUCUUCAUGACCUACAACGGGUACCUCUGCAUUGCUGUAGCGGCAGGGGCUGGCAUGGGGUACUUUCUCUUCAGCUGGAAGAAGGCAGUAGUAGUGGACAUCACAGAACAUUGCCAUUAACGUCUAACUCUAUGGUGUGGCCUUAUCGAUUGCAGUGGAAAGCAGUUCAAGACUGGAAGACAGGCCAAUCUUCUCUUCUUGCUCCUUAUCUCCUUACACACACACACACACACACACACGCCUGCUCAACAGAGGUUUAGCUUACAGUCUCUGAGCUAAAGUGGUAACCUCCCUGCCUUUUUUCCCUAAGGAGCUGAGUUUCCCAUUUCUCUUGAGAUGAAGCCACCCAUGAGAUGUCCUCUCCUGCCCCAUUGUCUUAGAUCCAAGUUAUAUGUUCUUAUCUAAUCAGGUAGCUUUCUGUUCCAUGGCUUGAUCACCUGCUUCCUUUUUCAGUCUUCUGUUCUUAUUUUUUUUUAACAUUUUGCGAAUUUGGUGGGUUUUUCCUGAGUCAGUGAUGGAAAUGGAUUAACUUUAGCCAGGAUUGAUGGCAGGUGAGGAAAAGUCUUGCCCAGCUAAGCCCAGAACCCAAACUUAACAUUUAAAAAUAUGUUCUAGUCUUUGGACUCAAUGAGUGGGAGACAGAUUGUGCCUUUCCCUAGGUGUGACAUGUUGCACUGAAAUCUCUGUAGUGGGUAGAGAGGUGGUUUGAGACUGUAUAAAUACAGGCCCAGACCUUGCAGAGUGUGCAUUCUUGGGGGGGCUGACUCAUCAACUUGUGUUCCCACUUAACAUUUUGAUUAGAAUGAACUUGUCAAUCAAAAAAAAAAGAUGACAAUCAAUUUGAGAAAAUAGGUAUUUUAAAAUGAAACCAUUGACAUUUUACUUUGACUUGGUACCUUCGUAUGUCACAGCUGAAGUAAGAGUUUAAAUAAUUUUCUCCCAUUAUUGUUUUCAUGUGUCUGCCUCUAAACCAGUGGUUUUCAAACUUUAGCAUGCAUCAGAAUCACCUGGAGAGCUUGUUAAAGCCCUGAUUGCUGGGCCUCGACCCAGAGCCCCCAAAUUGGUAGUUUUAACAAGCUCCCAGGUGAUGCUCCUACUGAUGAUCAGGGGACCACACUUUGAGCAUCUCUGCUUUAAACUGAGGGAGUAUCACCUGGUGGGUGAGCUACCUGGUACUGGGCACAGGAAUUUGACUUGCUAUUAGUUGGUGGUGUUUCUGGGCUUAACUCAUGUACUAAAUGCUGCUGGUCAAUACUUAAUCAUUCCACAAACAUUUAUUCAGCCCCAGCUGUGUUUUUGUGCCCAGGCACACAAGCACAAAGGGCUGUAGCCAAAGUAACUUUUAUUAGCAUGUAUGAAAUCACUAGUCCUUAUUCUUAAAGAUCUGUAAUUUCUUGGAAGUGGCUUGAAGGUUGAGAAUCUCUGAUCUGCAAUGUAAAUCAGCCAGUCGUGGGUUGGAAGGGCAAAAGCCCAGCCCUCUCUUUGGAGAGGCCUAGGGUGUGGUCGGCUGAUGGGCCGACAUCCAUGCCCACACCAGCCAGAUCCUCACUCUCUGCAUGACCAUCUUUGUUACUUUCGGGGGGACUUAAUUAGAUCACAAGUGGCCAAAAAUACUUUCCUCAGUAAGAAUCACAUUGGAUUUUUAUUCUGUUGUUAGUCUACGCCGCAGUCUUGUUCCCAGUCCAACCUACCUCUGUAAAGUGACUCUUCUUGUGCUGGUCUAUUAAAUCCUGCCCUCCUUGGUGCUAGACUCCAGUUGUGCCUCAGGGCAGGAGAGACAAAACACAGCUAUCCUGUUGGCCUCUUGUGGUUUUGAAGUUUGUACUUUCUCUGUUGGUGCCAGUUAAAUACUGGAGGGCGAGAAAUGUGUACUUCCGUGGCUUUGAACCAAGAGAGGGUUAUGAGCUUACUGGAUCGAGGUUAAAAUCUAAGAACCAACAUUUAGAGUUUUAUGUUUUUCUCUCAUUCCAACCCCUUGUAGUGCUGAUACUUAGCGUAAGUAAAGGGAAUGACAGGUACUGAUAAAAAUCCAACAUUAAGGUACAAAUAGCCUGUUAUUGCCUCAGAAGCCAAGGAAUAAUAAAACCCUGAGAAAUCAAUGUUUAGUCGUGACCCGGGUACUCUCUAGAAAUCUUGACAUGAUCUGUUAUAAAAUACCCUUUCAGGAACAGGACCUUAUCAGUAAGGUAAGAAAAAUCAAGGCCAGUUUAGACAAAAUGCUGUGAAUUUCAGACUCUCAGAGAGAAACAUCAGUUUGGGACAAGUCUUCGGGUAUUCAAGAUAGAGUCUCAUGAAAAACCUGAAUUCUAGCGAUCUUGAGCUAGGUUGCCAAAGGAAGAAACUAGCGAGGAAAAAAAAAAAGUAACGCUUAAAUUCUAUCUUUCUUGAGCUCUUGGAUUGUGAUAAUAUAAUGAUCUUGUUGACUUUCAUUUCUGUAACCCUGCUCGUUUAGAAUUUAGUGCCUGACUUCUUUGUUCCUUUUGAAUCCAAGUUCCUCUUCCUCCUGUUCACAACUAUUAGAAGCUGUAUCCCCAUAUCUUUGGCCCCUUAUUCUGCUCUCCUUUUCCCUUUCUUUCAGUCUUUUAUCCCAUGUGUCUGGUUUAUUAAAUCUCCCUCACCCUCCUGAUGCAGUGGAUAAUGCUGUGCAGUAGAUGUGGAUAUAGAUACCAACCAGAAGUUGUAAAACUUGAUAGAGACCCUAAGCACACUUUGAGGAGCAAUUGUCCCACUGGAAUUUCUGUAAGGCUGAGUAAGGGGCUACCUGGUACCAUCCACAAAGUUACAACAUCUUAGGUGCUGUCUCCAAUCUAUGCUGGAAGAACACUCAGCCCCACACUGCCCACAAACAGAGUCCUCUCUGUGCACCAGGGAAUUAGAGAUGAAGGUUUCUUCACUACUUCUAUGGUGGGGUUGUCUGGAAUUCCCUUUUAGGCUGUGGGGUACUGGUUUUGGGUUCUAGCCACAGGGGUUCCUUGUAGAAGCUGGAAAGGGAGUUAGCAGGGAGUACACUUUCAUGUCAUUUAAUGUUGAUCCUGCCCUCUCCAGCUGCUUCCUUCAGAAGAUACACCUAAAGAUACAGAGUCCGCAUUUCAUAUAAUGCCUUAAUCAUUGGGUCUACAAUUAAUGUUGACUGUUUUAGAUUGUAAGCUCCUGGAGGGCAGUAUUGCUGUAGUAGGAAUGUUUUAACAGUGUCAUGUGCAAAAGAACAAAUAAAUAUUUUGAUUUUGUGAUUC